UAAGAUAAGAUAAACCUUUACUAGUCCCACACGUGGGAAAUUUGUUAUUUUAUGUUGUUAAAUUUGUUGAAAUCUUUUGAGUAUUUGUUUUUCAGGUGGAAAUCUAUGUCCUCUUUGUAAAACAGUUAUUAAUUGUGUCUAAAAAUGGCAUUUGUUCAGUAUAUUUACUUGUUUCUUAUAAAAUAAUUAAAAUGAAAACGGAAAAAAACCCUCUCAGUUCUAAUAACAUCUCCCGGAGCUGGUGGGCCAUCCGUGGGUCUCGGGCCCGGGGACACGAGGCCUGUAGGGCCUCUCUCCCUCGGUCAUCCACAGAAACUCAGUCAGAGCAGCGGAGGGCGGGGCGGGGCCGGGCGGGCCGAGCAGCCGCUGACUGACACAAAUUAAUCACAAGGUGGAAAAUCAGAACAAGAAGUGCGGGGCUCGGCGUGUGCGGGACAAACACCGUGGACAAAGUGCGCGGGGCCUGCGGACUCUGAGUCUGGACACCCUCUUCGCCCCGUGAACGAGGCGACAAAAUAAAGUCACGUGAUCCAAAAUGGGCAGUCCUCUGACGGUGCUGAAAAAAGCCAUUUUCUGGCGCUGCUGCAAAUUCUGUCCAAGUCCCAAAUAACUGAGCCGCCCUGCGCCGCGAGGACGCGGACCCUCGGAGGAGAGACCAGAUCAGCCCAGAUGGAUAAAAUGCAGCCUAACCGGAUCAAAAUCACAGAUCUGAACCCACACCUCACAUGCCCUCUGUGCGCCGGCUACCUGAUUGAUGCUACGACCAUCGUAGAGUGCCUGCACUCCUUUUGUAAAACAUGCAUCGUUGCCUUCCUCGAGACAAAUAAGUUCUGUCCUCGAUGUGACGUCCAGGUCCACAAGACGUGUCCACAGCUCAGCAUCAGAGCAGACAAAACUCUGCAAGACAUUGUUUAUAAGCUCGUUCCGGGGUUAUUCAAAGAUGAGAUGAAACGGAGGCGGGACUUCUACGCAGAGAAUCGUGUGCUGGAACCGGGGGAAGUGGUGGAGACGUUCAACAUAGCAGAGGAUGAAAUUAUCAGUCUGUCCAUACAGUUCUACGAGAGGAACAAAAAUAAUGAGAGGCAGCAUUCAGAGAUGGAAGGAGACAAGUCCAACGGUAAACGCUUCCUGCAGUGCCCGGCAGCCAUGUCCGUCAUGCACUUAGCGAAGUUCCUCCGCAGCAAGAUGGAUAUACCCAACAACUAUCGGGUGGAGGUGCUGUAUGGGGACGAACCCUUAAAGGACUACUACACACUAAUGGAUAUCGCUUACUUCUACGAGUGGAGACGAACUGGACCCAUCCCUCUGCAGUAUCUGGUCAAACCCACCCGGAAACGCCGGAGGCCGUCCCAGUCUGCUGCUCAGGGCCACUCCGACGGCGUCAACACCAGCCCAACGUCGGAGAGCGACUCUCAGAGCGACAAAGUCCACAGUCCCGCUGCCGCUCAGCCGGCCCGAGCCUCCUCUCAAUCCAGCCCGGCGUCCCACAACCUCUCUCCCGCCAUCCAAAGCUCCAACGGUACCACUGUGACCAACAACGCUCAGCGACACGCCCUCUCCUCCAAACAGGCCGCUCGGAAGGUGACUGUCAACGGCACGAGCUCCGGGGCCAGCAAAGAGGGGGCGAGGGGGGGCGACAAAAGCGGCCUGCCUCCCACGACCUAACGCGAGCGCACACGGCGGCGAGGAGGACACUGUUUGAAUUGCUUCCUUGUUUCUUUGUGCAGAGCAAAGACAGCUCGGGCCUUCGUCCUUCUGGAAAUGCGGGAGGCAGAUUUGUGUUAUCUUCCAGCAGGACAGACUGAAACGUGCAGCCAAAUAGACACUUGUAUGUAUGUGCGUGUGCGUGCGUGUUUAUGUGUGUUAGACUAGAACAGUGCACACAUACAAACUGUACAGUAUGUAUCAAAUGUGAGCAUGUGUGCGUACAUAUGUAUAAACUUAUCUUUUAUACAAGAUAUUGUAAUCGUUUUGUAUUGUACACGCAGUGGGUCUGUUUCAUUUCCAUAAGCAUCGAUUUGGCCUCCGUGAAACUUGAGACAAAAUGCUGAAAGGCAUUGCAGUGCGGCUCACUGCUGAAGCUGGAUGUAAAGACGAGGAAGAGAAACUCUUGCUUUAAACAGUCAGACGUGUCAAUAACUGCUGUAUAAGUGUCCAGUAUAAGCAACAGCUCAUCAGGUAACACAUGCUCAUUAAAUUGUUGAUGCACUUUGUUACGGUCACUUCACACAAACCGACAAGUAUUUUCCCGACAGGAGAAGCAUUAAUAUUUACAGAAGCACUACCAAGCUGUUUGUCAGCGUUCUUUCCUUCAUGGCAGUCGAAGAACUCAAAAGGGAUUUUUGAAUAUUUGGCCAUGUAUGUUGUAGUUCCAUGCAUUCCAAGCAUUCCUUUGAUUUUUUUUUUCUUCUUUCCGUUCAACAAUGAUGCUUUGUUUUUGUUUUUUUCCAAUUACAAAAAAGCAGCCAUAUGUGCAUGUUUUAGGUCAAUAAAAUGUUUACUUACUAGGUUUUUCUGACCCGAGUGUCCUGUUUAUGCUCCCAACAAAUGUUUGCUUGACAUCCAUCCCGCCGACUCGUUCUCAUCGUCCUCCUGAGAAGAAUCAGACCGCCUUCCUUCAUUUUAACGUGGUGUGAAUUAAAUGUUUGGCACAGCUGCAUUAUAAACAACUACAGCUGUAUUUUAUAAUCUGAGAUGUAACAGUGCUCAUUAAUUUUUUUUUUUUUUUUUCAAAAUAUUUAGGGCGACUUCUAAUUAAAUUCACAACAUGGUGCAAAGUG